AACUGAAAAGAGAAAUAAGAGAAGGAGAGAAACAUCAGAGAGAGAUGAAAGAGGAGAUGAAGAGAGAACGAGAGACAUUUAGACACGAAAUAGAGGAAAUCAGGAGAGAAAAAGAGAAAAUAAAAAGAGAAAAACACAAGCUUAAAGCUGAAUACGAUGCAGAAACAGACAGACUGAUGAAGAGAAACAAGAAAGAUAGAGAGAGUUAUGAGACAGAGAGACAGAGAAUAGAAGAAGAGUUCAGAGAGAGAGAAGAGCGAUAUAAAAGACUGAUUAAAGAACAAAAGCAGAAGGAGAAAGAAAUGACGCUAAAGCAAAUGCACAAACAGGAACCAGAGGAAAGACUGAGAAGCAAAGCUGUUGCAGCUGGCAUUGCUGGUGGUGGAUUUACUGGUGGAGCUGUUGUCAAAGCUGUUCAUGGUCCAUCUGUGACUAAAACAGCUCUUUUUGGGGCUGCUGCUGUUGGAGCCAUCGCUGGUGGAAGCAUCGGAGGUGGAGCAGCAAGUGGGACACUGAAAGGAGCUGUUGGUGGAGCUGUUGCUGGAGCUGCUGUUGUUGGAGCUGCUGCUGGAGCUGUUGCUGGAGUUGCUGUUGUUGGAGCUGUUGCUGGAGCUGUUGUCGGAGCUGUUUCUAGUCUUUCCAUCAGAGAAAAUACUGCUUUAUUUAUAGUUGGAUGUCUUGGGGGCGCUGUUGUUGGUGGACUUGUUGGGGGAACUACAGCUGGAGCUCUUGGUGGAGCUGUUGUUGGCGGAGUAGAUAAAAGAUCUAUAUCUGGAGCUGUUGAUGGAGCUGCUGUUGGAGCCGUUAGCGGAGCUGCUGUAGGUGGAGCUGUAGGUGGAGUUUUAGCUGGUGGAUUUGUCGGUAAUACUGUUGCUGGAGUUGUUGCUGGUGGAGUCGUCGGUGGAGCUACAUCUGGAGCUGUUGGUGGAGCUGUUGUUUGUGGAGUUACUAGAAGAUCUCUUCCUGCAACUCUUGAUGGAGCUGUGGCUGGAGCUGCUUUUGGGGUUGCUGCUGGAACUAUAGUUGGAGUUACAGGUGAUAAUGUACGUUUAGCUGCUGUUGAGCUACUGCAGCUGUUUGAGUGGCUGGGGUUGAGGUUGUAGGUGGAGCUGCUGUUGAUGCUGCCUGCACAUUUAGCCAAACUGAACAUAAUCUGUUAGAUGGGUGAAAUUCUGGAGCUUUUUUUUGUUGAGUCUUGAUCAGUAAGCAGGGAUGAACCAACUGCAGGGUGAUACCAUUAACAUUUUACUGACAACAUUUGAAUGGCGUUUCGGGUGUUUGUAUAACUGAUGGGUUUUUUCAGAAUUAGUUUCUUAAACUUUGGAUCAUGUCAUUGUUUAUACUUAGGGAAAUGUACAGUAGACCUUAUUUGAUAAUAAUAAUAAUUUGAAAAUAGUUUUGCUGUCUCAUCAAUGUUUGAGGUUUCAUCAAGGUUUUGAUCAAUCAAGAUUUUUUUUUCAACACCAAAUACGGUAUAUAAGGAAAGGUACUGAACAUGUUUUUAUCAGUGUUUGAAAUAUACUGUGGCCUUUGGGGGAGCCCACAGGAUUCCUUACAACUCAAUUCAAUUUAAUUCAAUUCAUC